GUGGCGAGAGUACCUGGUGAGCCUGUGUGGAAGGAGCAUGAACCAGGGGGUGGACCUCUGGGUGGGCACCCUGCCCGUGUUCCACCUCUGCAUGGGGCCACGCCCCCCAGGACGGAAGCCCAGGAUUCAGCCUGAGAACAUCUGGGCAGCCCUCGAAGGACUCUCUUUCUCGGAGUUUCGGGAGAAAAGGGCACAUGAGAAGAAAUUACUCCAGCUCAUGGUAAAGAAGAAAUACCUGCUGAGUGUGGAUGAAGACCUGUUCCGGUCCUGGUUCAGUCUGCUGCCUCUGAGCAGCCUGGCUGCCUACCUGCAGGAAUUCUCUGACUACCUGACUCGCUUUCCAGCGCGUGUCCUGGACUGUCUGCUGGGGACCCGGUACCGGCUUCAAGGACAUAAGGAUGUCAACAAAAACCUGGAGGUCCGUCGCCUGCAGCAGGCACUGGAGGGCUCACUUGGCACAAGUGCCCCAGCAAGUUAG